AUGUCGCUUUUCGGAUUCGGAGGUGGCCAACCACAAUUAACAUCAGAUCAAAAGAUUCAAGCUGCUGAAACUGAAUUGGAUCUAGUCACUGAUAUGUUCAAUAAAUUGGUCGAUAAUUGUCAUCAAAAAUGUAUUAGUCGAUCAUAUACUGAUGGUGAAUUGAACAAAGAAGAAUCAAACUGUUUAGAUAGAUGUGUCGCCAAAUAUUUCGAAACUAACGUUAAAGUCGGUGAACAUAUGCAAAAGAUGGGUCAAACGUUUAAUUCUGCUGGAAAAUUCUGA